AUGACCGACCUUCAGCGCUCAAAACUCCUCGUCACCAGGACACUCCCUCAACUCUCUCAGGCUCGCCUCGACAAGGGCUUUGACGGGGUGGAUAUUGUGCAGUGGAAGGAGGAUCGCGCUAUUCCUAGACAAGAGUUCCUCAAGCUCGCCAAGGGUGCCGACGGGAUUCUUUGUCUCUUGACUGAUAAGGUUGAUGCUGAAUUGCUGGACGCCGCAGGCCCCCAAUUGAAGGUGGUGUCGACAAUGUCGGUGGGCUACGAUCACGUCACGGUGUCAGAAUUGGAGGCACGCAAGAUCGCGUUGGGUAUCACCCCAGGAGUCCUCACUGAGGCAACAGCGGAUACCACUGUCCUCCUCGUCCUAUCUGCAGCUCGGAGGUUGCGUGAGGGUGUCGAUGCAGUCAUUCAGGGCAAGUGGGGCACCUGGAGUCCUACUUGGUUGCUGGGGUCUCAACUGACGGACAAGACUGUCGGAAUUGUCGGGCUUGGACGGAUUGGUGUUGCGGUCGCCAAAAGACUGAAGGCGUUUGGAGUUCAAAAGUUUGUGUACCAGGGAACGCGUCCCAAGAAGGACGUUGAGAAGGAAGUUGGUGGAGAGAUUGAGUUUGUGGACAUGGAUAGGUUGUUGAAGGAGUCGGAUGUGAUCUGUGUAUGCUGUGCCUUGACAGACAAGACCAAGAAUAUGUUUGAUUAUGCGGCCUUCUCCAAAAUGAAGGACUCUGUGGUGUUUGUGAACACGGCGCGUGGCGGUAUUGUGGAACAGGACGGACUAGUCCGCGCACUCAGGGAAGGAAAGCUGGGAUCUGUGGGAUUGGAUGUAACCGUGCCCGAACCCCUACCCACAGAUUCAGAGCUGCUGUCAUUCCCCAACUGCAUUGUCUUGCCUCAUAUCGGAAGCGGUACCCUCGAGACUAGGACCGCCAUGUCAGAGAUUGCGAUUGAAAAUGUCCUCAGCGGCAUCAAGGGCGAGCGCCUUCCUCACCCUCACGAUGCCUAG